CUGGCGGCCGCGUCCCCCACAACGACAAAGAAAGGUGAACCUCCGGUCCAACCUGAAAACGGGAAAAGCCGUGUCCGGUGAGAGGCUUGACCCUUAGGAAGAUCCCUCUCACUGAGGGAAGACCCUUCCCCCCCCAUACAUACAACAGAUGAAGGGAGGGAGGGUGAGCGAGGGGGGGAGAGAGGGAGAGGGAUGCAGGUAUUAACUGGAGGUGGGGAGGGGAGCCCAGUGGCUGUUGGCACGCCGAGGUGACAGGAGGGGGAGCGCCGUGCCGCUUCACACAAGAACUCGCCUCUCAUUCCGUCCGGAGACGCAGGUGUAGCCUCUUUUUCCCGCUCCUCCGGCCGCAGACUUCCACCCUCUGCUUUCCGGUCACCACGGGCGGAUUUUGCACGCAAGGGAGUGGGAAGAAUAACACGAUGUUGAACGAGCCGUGGCGCGUCUCUCGCGUGCGCCGCCUGUCACCGCCGCUGUGAACGCGAUGCCGGCUCCGCGCGCGGCGCAGACGAGCUGAGGCGGUUUUUAACGACAUCACCUGUUCCACAAAGAGAAGACUUUUUGACAACCAUGGCGGACCAGUACAGUAUGUUUCUCACCACGGCGCCCCCCCUGCGGCGGGGAAGCACGCCCCUGCCUCUCAAACACCAGCUGCGCAGGGAAGAGGCCGUAUCAGAGGACUGUGAUUGGAUCCCGGGCAUGCAGGAGCCGGCCACGUUGCCUAUCAGUGGCACAGGUGUGUCUCGGGAUGAAUCCGGCGGCCAAUCGGCAGCCGCCCAGUCGGCUUACCACAGCCACGGCGGAGCUUUGAAGAUAGUGCUACUGGGACAGAACGGCGUGGGCAAGUCGUCGCUAGCCUUAUCUCUGGCCGGGCAAUCGGACAGAUCCCUCUCUAUAGACUCUGAGACGCAAGCAUGUGGUGAGGGCUAUGAGUGCUCAGUGACCAUCGACGACGAGGACAGCAAACUCAUUAUUUUUGACAACUGGAAACAGGAGCUCUCCACACUACAGUGUGAUGUGUGCAUCCUGGUCUUCUCAGUGACUGACAGGCGAAGUUUCCACCGCACUGCCCAGCUCCGCCUCCUCCUCAGGGAGUCGCAGCCACACAUGCCAAUCAUCCUGGUGGGCAACAAGAGCGACCUUGUCCGCUCGCGUGAAAUCAGCUCAGAAGAGGCCCAAUCCAGCAGCAUGAUGUUCGACUGCGUCUACAUGGAGCUCUCAGCCUCACUGGACCAUGGUACCAACGAGUUGUUGGAGGCUGCAGUUCGAACUGCAAGGGGUGACUGCGUGGGCCCCGGCUGGGCCGACGGAGAGUCCGGGGCUGGCCGCAGGGAGAGCCUAACCAGCCGGGCCAAGCGCUUCCUGUCGGGCUUGGUACCGCGCUCGUACGGUAGAGACCGGGACCGGGAUCGAGGCCGCUACAGGGAGAUGAGCCGCCACCGGGGCAGCAAGAUCCUCCGCCAGAAGUCCCGCUCCUGCCACGACCUCAGUGCACUGUGAUAAACACACACACACACACACACACACACACACACACAUACACAUAGGGCAUAGGCAUACACACACCAGAUUGAGACGGGAGACGUUUAACCAGAAAGAUCUUAAAAUGGAAGAUGGUAGGGCCUGUAGAGGAUUAGGCGUAGCAACGAGGAAGGGAAUGGAGGAGACUUCGAGGGGUGGAAGGACAGAAGGGAGUGGCAGUAAAGGUGGAUGGAUCAGCCAGGAUCACAGCGCCGAACCUUUGGGUUCUCCCUAUCAGUGAAACAAAUGUUAAGAGAGAAAGAGACCGGGUUUGUUGCUUCCAGCUCGGGUGAAUCAGCAAGCCUUCAUCAACUGAUGAGCACAGGAGGGAAAAUUAGAGAGUGUCACAUCAAAAUGCUGAUUGAAUGCUAACUGUGGCGAAAUGGCAGCGUGGAGGAGUCACAAAUUAACACACAUCCAAGUAGCACGCACUGAAUAUGUAGAGACUGAUAGCAAUCUAAUGUGUACCUAUUGUGAACCCUGUUUUAUAGCAUGCAGAGUAGACGAUCUAAGACGAGACCCCGUAGGUUUACAGUUACAUGAUACUGGGUUGACUGCACCUCAGUGGCCAAUAGCUAAUGCACAAUCCAGCUAGUGUCUUUAGCAAUGCCAUCUUAAAGGCAAGACCCUUUAUUUACUUAAACUCAAAUGCCCCUUUGGGCAUUGUUUCUUUUGGACCCAUUCACACUGCAUCCCCUGAUUAUGUUCCGUGCUGGUUUUGAAGUGUUUGAUGACACCACCAAUGGCACAUGUUCAUGUUCAUCUGUGAUUUUUUUUACACGGCUAAAACCCAUCAGCUCCCAAGCCAUAUUUCCGCUGAAUGCACCGUGAGCGCUCAGCAUGAGGAACCCUUUAUGUGGAGCGAAAGCAAAAAGGUCAAAGUGGCUCAGAGGAAUUGACCGGACUGAACUUUUCGUCAACAGAAACUGAGUCACAGAACACCGGCAUGUUUGGAGGCAAGAAAAAAAAAACCUAAUCUACCUGUGGCUGUUUGAUGUUUUUUCUUUCUCUUUUUACCCUCUGCCAUCAUCAUGUGUUGAGAAGGAAUUCUGUGGCUGACCACAAAAGGGACCCAGGGGAGAACAUUCUGGAAAACGUUGGAUACCUCGUCAAGCUUUACUGAUAAAUGCUCCCUCUUUGGUCACGGUCUACCAAGCACUCUCAUCUUUCCACUGAGAAUAAAUUCUUUUGUUUGACAUCCUGAA